AUGGGCGCCGUGAUGGGAACCUUCUCCUCCCUGCAGACAAAGCAAAGAAGACCCUCCAAAGGUCAACUGUAUGUUUUGGACUACGCCCCUCGCCAAAACAAGUCAGACAAAGUUGAAGAUGAGCUUGAAAUGGCAACAGUCUGUUAUCGCCCAGAAGGACUAGAACAACUAGAAGCACAAACAAAUUUUUCAAAACGAGAACUCCAAGUUCUUUACCGGGGUUUCAAAAAUGAAUGUCCUAGUGGGGUUGUUAAUGAAGAUACAUUUAAGCAAAUCUACUCCCAAUUCUUUCCACAUGGAGAUGCAAGCAUGUAUGCACAUUAUCUAUUUAAUGCAUUUGAUGCUGCCCAGUCUGGGUCAGUAAAAUUUGAGGAUUUUGUAGCUGCUUUGUCAAUUUUGUUAAGAGGAACGAUUCGUGAAAAGCUGAGGUGGACUUUCAAUCUGUAUGACUUAAACAAAGAUGGAUACAUCAACAAAGAGGAAAUGAUGGAUAUAGUUAAGGCCAUAUAUGACAUGAUGGGUAAAUAUACCUACCCUGUACUCAAAGAAGAUGCCCCCAAGCAACACGUGGAAUUAUUUUUUCAGAAAAUGGAUAAAAAUAAAGAUGGAAUUGUAACCUUGGAUGAAUUCAUAGAGUCAUGUCAAGAGUUUGUGAACUAUUUGGUCAUAGUCCCCUUCUUGUUCAAAACACGUCAAGAAUUCAUCAAUGUAAAUUAG